GUCGCCUUUCUCCGGCCUUCUCGUCAGCUCCACUCGACGCCGAAGACAACUGCUGACUUGGCCGCGAUUUCUACGGAGAAGGGACGCCGGAGGCUCCCGAAUUGGUGGUCGAGGUCUCUUCUCCCGCUGGCGAUAGCCGCCUCCGCCACCUCUUUCGCGUUCCUGAACCAGUCACAUCCUUCUAUCAGCGAAUCAUCGGCUUCAGAUUCUGGAGGUAUAACUAUUGGCGGAAAGGGUAGCACUGAACAUGUUGUUAAAGGGGAUUACAAGGAGGUUCCUAAGGAGCUUAUUGCUGAACUCAAAACAAUCCUCGAGGAUAACUUGACAACGGACUACGAUGAGAGGUACUUCCAUGGGAAGCCACAGAACAGUUUUCACAAGUCAGUCAACAUUCCUGAUGUAGUUGUUUUCCCGAGGUCCGAAGAAGAAGUCUCCAAGAUUCUUAAAUCCUGCAACGAAUAUAAGGUCCCAAUUGUACCAUACGGUGGUGCGACAUCGAUCGAGGGUCACACCCUGGCUCCAAAAGGAGGUGUAUGCAUCGACAUGUCAUUUAUGAAGAGGGUGAAAGCAUUGCAUGUGGAGGAUAUGGACGUUGUAGUUGAGCCUGGAAUUGGUUGGCUGGAGCUUAAUGAACAUCUAGAACAAUAUGGUCUAUUCUUUCCUCUUGAUCCAGGGCCCGGUGCAACCAUAGGAGGCAUGUGUGCUACACGUUGCUCUGGAUCUUUAGCUGUAAGGUAUGGAACUAUGCGUGACAAUGUUAUAAGCCUUAAGGUGGUUCUUCCUAAUGGAGAUGUUGUGAAGACAGCUUCACGUGCUAGAAAGAGUGCUGCAGGAUACGAUUUGACCCGCUUGAUGAUUGGGAGUGAGGGGACUUUGGGAGUCAUAACUGAGGUUACUCUCCGGCUUCAGAAGAUCCCACAGCAUUCAGUGGUGGCAGUGUGCAAUUUUCCUACGGUUAAGGAUGCUGCAGACGUGGCCAUUGCCACUAUGAUGUCUGGGAUACAGGUGUCAAGAGUGGAGCUCCUUGACGAGGUUCUAAUCAGGGCUCUUAAUAUGGCAAAUGGGAAAAACUUGAGAGAAGUUCCGACUCUGAUGUUUGAAUUUAUAGGGACAGAGGAAUAUGCUCGUGAGCAGACUCAAAUUGUUCAGCAGAUUGCUUCUAAACACAAUGGAUCAGACUUUGUGUUCGCAGAAGAAUCUGAAGCAAAAAAGGAACUCUGGAAGAUAAGAAAGGAGGCGCUGUGGGCUUGCUAUGCGAUGGCGCCAGGCCAUGAAGCAAUGACUACAGAUGUCUGUGUCCCUUUGUCUCACCUUGGAGAACUGAUAUCAAGAUCCAAGAAAGAGCUUGAUGCAUCACCUUUGUUUGCUGUCAUUGCGCAUGCUGGAGAUGGAAACUUUCAUACAUGUAUUAUGUUCGAUCCGAGCAAUGAAGAGCAGCGAAGAGAGGCAGAAAGAUUGAACAACUUUAUGGUUCACAGUGCACUUUCCAUGGACGGAACAUGUACUGGAGAGCACGGUGUUGGGACAGGAAAAAUGAAGUAUCUGGAGAAGGAACUGGGAAUAGAAGCACUGCAAACUAUGAAGAGAAUCAAGAAAGCGUUGGACCCAAACGAUAUCAUGAACCCGGGAAAGCUAAUUCCUCCUCAUGGAGGAAACGAAGAAAUGGGGUCACUAGGAGAAGAAGCACCACAAGUAGCAGAAGACUGCAUGGGUCUUCUUCAACUCCUAAGCAACGGCACCGUUUUGCGAUCCAAUAGCAUUGACCUUAUCACCCAACAAAUCCCACUCAAUAACCACAAAGCCGUUCUCUUCAAAGAUUCCGUCUUUCACAAACCCAACAAUCUUCACCUCCGUCUCUACAAACCCGUUUCCGUUUCCGCCACCACCAUCCCCGUCGUGUUCUUCUUCCACGGCGGUGGAUUCUGCUUUGGCUCACGUUCUUGGCCUCUCUUUCACAACUUCUGUCUUACUCUUGCAUCUUCCCUCCAAGCCCUUGUGGUCGCGCCUGACUACCGGUUAGCACCCGAACAUCGCCUCCCGGCCGCCUUUGAGGAUGCGGAGGCCGCGCUUCUGUGGGUCCGGGACCAGGCUGUUUCCGGUGGUGGGGACCACUGGUUCGAAGGUGGACCGGGCGUUGACUUCGACAGGGUUUACGUCCUUGGUGAUUCCUCCGGUGGGAACAUAGCUCAUCACCUUGCUUUCCGGUUCGCAUCCGGUACAAUCGAGUUGAGUCCGGUUCGGGUUCGCGGCUACGUUCUUUUGGGGCCGUUUUUUGGCGGGGAGGAGAGGACCAAGUCCGAGGAUGGCCCGUCUGAAGCUUUGCUCAGCUUGGAUUUGCUUGACAAGUUUUGGAGACUGUCACUACCAAAAGGUGCAACAAGGGAUCAUCCCAUGGCUAACCCUUUUGGGCCGACGAGUCGUGGACUCGAAUCAAUUAGCAUAGAGCCAAUGUUGGUGAUUGCCGGCGGCUCAGAACUCCUGAAAGAUAGGGCCAAAGAGUAUGCAUAUAAAUUGAAGAAGAUGGGAGGCAAAAGAGUAGAUUACAUUGAAUUCGAAAAUGAGGAACAUGGUUUCUUCAGCAAAAAUCCAUCUUCCCAAUCAGCGGAACAGCUUCUUCGUAUCAUUGGAGACUUUAUGGACACCUUCUCUGAUAUAUUUUAGCAUUUUGGCUCGCUUGUACCUAGGUCACUACGAGUUUACGUGAUCACUUAGAACUACAUCUGAAAAAGUUUGCUUGGUAAUUUGGUGAGACAUAUAUAUCCUUAAUUAUAUAAAAUGUUUUUGGUUUCGCUAUAUCCUUUUUCAUCGUAUCCCUAUUUUAAAUUUCAAAUAUGCAGAUCGCCAAUCUGCCAUGCC